AUGAGAGACGAGGAAAGCAUGCUUUUGGCACAGAUUAAUCGAGACUCCCAGGGGAUGGCAGAGUAUCAGGGAAGUGGUGUAGAUACGCAACAUGUCACUAUAUGCCUUUCAGAGGCUGUAGCAGUAACAGAUGGUGACCAGCUUGAACAUAUGGAUGCUGUGAGUCUGCAAGCUGUAACACUUGUUGAUGGGUCCACUGCUUACAUACAGCACAAUCCUAAAGAUGGAAAAUUAAUGGAUGGACAAGUAAUUCAGUUGGAAGAUGGGUCUGCAGCAUAUGUUCAGCAUUUACCAGUAUCAAAGUCAGGUGGAGACAGUUUGAGGCUUGAAGAUGGGCAAGCUGUUCAGCUUGAAGAUGGCACAACAGCAUUUAUUCACCAUGCACCAAAAGAAACAUAUGACCAGAGUGCUUUGCAAGCUGUGCAAUUAGAAGAUGGCACGACGGCAUACAUUCAUCAUACAGUCCAAGUUCCCCAAUCAGAUACUAUAUUAGCUAUACAGGCUGAUGGCACAGUAUCUGAUAUUCAUGCUGAUGGCACAAUAGAUCCUGAAACUAUAAGUGUACUGGAACAGUAUACAACAAAGGUACCUGUGGAUGGAAACGACUGUAUUACAAACACUGGAAUAAUGACCAGAACUGAACAGGAGAGUAACAUGCACAUGCAGGUACUGGAGGCACCUCCUAACCGCCUGCCUGCAAAAUCACAGCAGACAGGGGAAAAAGCUUUUCGUUGUGAUUAUGAUGGUUGUGGAAAACUCUAUACGACAGCACAUCAUCUGAAGGUGCAUGAACGAUCUCAUACUGGUGACCGACCAUACCAGUGUGAGCAUAUAGGAUGUGGGAAAGCAUUUGCAACUGGGUACGGCUUAAAAAGUCAUAUCAGGACACAUACAGGUGAGAAGCCAUACCGAUGUCAAGAGAUAAACUGUAACAAAUCAUUUAAGACUUCUGGAGACCUACAAAAACACAUUAGAACUCACACAGGUGAAAGACCUUUCAAAUGUCCCUUUGAAGGAUGUGGCAGAUCAUUCACAACAUCCAAUAUUCGCAAAGUUCACAUCAGAACACACACAGGAGAAAGACCUUAUUACUGCUUAGAGUCAGGCUGUGGACGAGCCUUUGCCAGUGCAACCAACUAUAAAAACCAUAUGAGGAUUCAUACAGGAGAAAAGCCAUAUGUGUGUACCGUACCAGGCUGUGAUAAACGUUUUACCGAAUAUUCAAGUUUAUACAAACAUCAUGUGGUUCACACUCCUUCCAAGCCAUACAGUUGUAAUCACUGUGGAAAGACCUACAAACAGAUUUCCACACUAGCUAUGCAUAAAAGGACAGCACAUAAUGAUACAGAACCCAUUGAAGAGGAACAGGAGGCGUACUUUGAGCCACAGGCAGGUGAGUUUGAGGAUGUUAUAAAGUCACAAGUUGAAUUUGUGUCUGGAGUUGACGGAGAAGAUACAGAAGCAUCACAAGGUGGAGCAGUAGACCAGUCCGCCAUUAGUCAGCAUGUCUCCCUUAUUAGCCAAGAUGGCAGUGAACAGGUUAGCUUGUCACAAGCAGAUAUACAAACAGUUGGGAACACCAUAACUAUGGUAACACAAGAUGGGACUACAAUCACUGUGCCUACACAUGAAGCAGUCUUGUCUUCUGGGGGCACACAUUCUGUUACAAUGGUCACAGCAGAUGGAACAGAAGGACAGGUUGCAAUUGUCACUCCAGACUUAACUGCUUUCCAGGCAGCACACGCUGACCUGACUCAUGAACAGCAUGAACACCACCUAGUAGCUGGCAGUCCACACCCAGUGACUUUGCUAGCAACCUCCAAUGGGACUCAGAUUGCAGUUCAGUUAUCUGAACCACCAUCCUUAGAAGAAGCCAUAAGAAUAGCCUCCAGGAUACAACAAGGUGAAACUCCAGGGCUUGAUGACUAAAGGACUUCAAAACUGAAAAACAGUACAGUGUCUGGACAUACUACCCAUUGAAGUAAACAACUGAUUAAAACAAAAUCUUUAGCCAACAUUUUAAAAAUAUCUGAAGGUCACUAACUGUGGCAACUGCAUUACAGCGUGUGAUGUGCAGUGUGUGUUUGGUAUGUGUUCAAAAAAAACACACACACUUUCAUUUGGACACAUCAAAUUACUUGAAUUUACCUGUUAAGCUAUAAAGGUCAACUGAAAGUAAAAAUAAUGUGAUAACAAGAAUUUUGCAUGCAAUUAUAAUACCACUUGUUAUGAAAUGGAACAUUCUAACACAGCAGGUUCUCACUUACUCAACAUUUUAUAAAUGGAUUUUUUUUUGCUUUGUAAAUAUCAGAUGCCAGUGUCCCCUGUAUAUUUAAAGAAAAUUCUUAAUGCUGCAUUUCUUCUUAUAUUUUCUUCUGAUUAUGUAAAAAUGAUGAACACAUUUUGGUUGUGCAAUAUUAAAGCAGUACAAUCUUCUGAC